AUGUCUUCCGAUGCGGAGAUAUCUCCCGAAGGAUUUGCUCCAACCCAGACUCCAGGACAGUAGUCGAAAUUUCUGAAGAAGUCAGUAAGUAGGGCCACACAAGAUCGCGAGGCAUGUUUCGCAGGGAAUUUUUGCAAGAGGUGCUUCUAAUAGACGUUCCUGGCGUGAGAAUCUGGCCAAUGUCACUCGGCAAGUAAGUGCAAAAAGAACAACUUUGAUAAAAAACCAACGUGACUAUCAGGCAUGCUUCCCACAGCAAAUGCCUAUCCGACGUCCUUCUGUCGGCUUUAGUAAUUGUUCUGCUUCUGUGGAAAGGUUACAGUGCUGGAAAUGGGAAUGCCUUGCAAUAUCAUUUGUAGUGCAGACUUGCAUCUGGAGCAAUCGGUAUUGGGCAGAUCCCUUUCCCGUGUGACACAGACACACAGACGAGCCGGCAACAGAAGGACAAAUCGACGACACCAAAGCUGUACCGAAUGGCGCAAAGGUGGAGCAGAUGACGGAAGUGUCCAAGUCCAGCCAGGGCCUGGUGGACACUGCCCCUGCGUCGUUCUUGGGGGAGGCCAACCACCUCACGCAACAGCAACAGGCGGUGCUCUCCACGAAACAAGAUUUGGAUUUGUUUUACGAUCUCCAGUUGUACCUAUUCCAAGAAAACGCGGUCGAUGUUUCUGCCUCCGUGGAGAAUCAGCAAGCCAAGAACGAGAAUUUGAUCUUGCGGGCCGGAUCUGACAUCACGCUGCAGCGAUUGCACAGCAACGCCAUGUGGCCUAAAUUGGAGGUAUCCAGGUUUCUUUUUCCUACCCAUACCGUGAUAUUUGUUUGCUGAGUAGGAUGAGUUCGUAAUAAGGUAAUCCGGGCACAUUCAAACUGCGCAGAGUGGCAAAGUGUACAAAUAUGGGCAUGCAUGCCGAUCGGAUCAAGAAAUAAAAACUGCGCAGCGCAACGUCGAGAAGCUUCUCAAGAGCCCAAGUAUCCGCUUCUCUAUACCGAUAUGGAAGUAAAGUUUUGACCUGCGUCGCAUUUUUUGUUGCGGCACUAUACUCAUUCAAGAUACCUCGACGCAGCAGCUUUCUUCUCGACUCUUAUGGUGCAUCAGAUUUACUCUCUAUCCAAAUCUGCAUCUCGAGGACACCUCCUUUGGAGAGCUGUAUAUAUUUGAUGAGGCCGGUCAAAGUUUUUUGAGCAUGCACCAUCACCAAGUUGGCCGAGUACCUGAUUAUGUUUGCAGAAAUACGCAAUGGAAGUAUGCUGAUGUCCAGGGAAGGCAAACCAAACUUGUAGAAAGGAUUGCAAGGCCGCCGGGGUCGAAAAAUGUCUGUUAUUCCAUGAGGCUGCUCAGUUUUCGACAACUACGCUGGCAAAGAGUUGCGCCCUCCCGUCGGACCUGAGCAUUUAUUUAUACACGGCAUUCAGGCUGGAUAAGAAUACCAAUAACGAGUUGGAUACCGGCGAUAUUUGCGUGAUUAUCUACCCCAUUCCAGGCCGAGUGAUAAUUCUGUCGCCGCUAGACUACAGCGCUUUGCACAAGCGUCAGAUCCACCAAGACGCCGACGUAAAAAUUUGCGAGCAUUGCAUGCGCAAAUGUUUAUCAUUUCAUGCGAUAUUUAUCGGAAGCCAGACGUAGCGAAAUAGCUCCGCAUAACGGCCACAACAUCUCCAAACGUGGGCGAGGCUUUUUCACGAGCUGAAUGAAUAAAGGCACUCAGAUGCCUAGCGUUGCCCGAUUUGCACCCACUAAUAUCGACAUUGUGGCGGCGCUGCAUUAAAUGAAACAAACUGCCACGGUUCACUUAUACUCAUGCAAGUGCCCUCGCAGCGUACCGUCCAUGUAGGGCAGGCAUUGUUGAUAAUUGCCAUUCAGAUUUUGAGCCAGAGUAUCUCAUAUCGCGCAGAAAUUAAGCCUCUGGAGGCUUCCGUGUGUCUACACAAUAGUAGUCCUGCGCACGAUCGGCACAAGUGUGGUGGUCUUGUCUGUAUCCGUGUGGGUACACGAUGCAACAAAUAUUGUGUGUUGCAGUGCAGGCAUCAGGACUUAUAGGCCUGAUUUUACUUUCCAAAUGAUGCGCAUGCAUCUCGUAUGUCUGGCGGCGUGUUGAGAAUACAGUUGGAAUGCCACCGCUUCCUCGGGGUGGGGGGCAGUUGUCAUCUGGAUGACCCAUUCCGAUCCAACAGCGGGCAUCGAGUUGCGUCAUUCAAUUGCGGCACUUAGGCAGGUUUUCAUGGCGAUCUCCGGCCAGCCAGCAGCAGAUGGCCCCGGUGGCGCAUCGGUUUCCUUUCCGGAGUACGUCCAGAGUUGUGAGUACAUCAAGGGGAAUGAGAUAGGCAGGAAGCUGGCGGAUGGGGAAUCCGGAAAAUCGUUCCUGGACAUUCAAAACUGGCGGGAAUGGGUGCCUGGAUUGGCGCCGACCGACCCGCGGCCUUUGUUAUGUAAACAGGACCGCGCAGGCGUAGCUUUGAUCCGAGCCUUACGUUUGUAUGUACAAAGCGAGAUCACGAACCUUGUAACCUGUCAGCCUGCCUGCCAGGUCUUGCCAUACUCUGCAGGCAUGCCGUUUUUUGACAUGAAAAGCGGGCCAGUGCGCAAACUUUUUGCGGGCUUGUGCCAAACAUAUAGGCCCGCCGGAAGUUUAUUGAGUAGCGCCUGAACGACAGAAGAGGGCGAGCCGCCAAGCGCAGCGGGCUUUUGAGGCGGUCGCCGGUUUGGAUUCUGGCGAGCCCCUUGUGCUGCUCGAAAGCGCGCGCAGACAAAUCGUGCGCGAAAUGAAAGUGCCAGGGGGCCAAUCAAGUCGCGCGGUAGGUGUGGGGCACGCUUUCCGCCUCUCUUCGCGCGCCCCCUGGGACAAUCGAAGGCCUGGGUUGUUGGUGCCGCUGACUCGUGAGAGAGGCGUUGGCGCUUGCGCCAAUAUUCCAUGCGGCCGACCAUCUCCCGGCAGUGCGCUCGUCCGAGGGCGCCGCUUGGUGGGCUUGACCGCUGGGCCAGUGGUUGCCUGCGCAUUUUUAUGACCGCGGGGAGGGACGUAGGCUCUCGGGCUGCUUACUAUCGUCAAGACCUGGUUUGCACUCCCCAGAAGAUGAAGCUACGCGGGCGCCUCUGUUUGCUUUUACACAAAGCGGAUGACGAAUACUCUUCCACGGUCGCAGCCUACUGGAGUCCAGAAACAAACGACGCAUACGACGCAUGCCGUAUUUUUAUUGUGUGCGAAUAUCUACGAUCCAUAAGAUCUUCAACGCGUUAGAUCUGUGAGUUCCUUGUUGGUGAACCGGUACCCUUGUCCUCUUGGAACGCGAUGUCACAUUUCUAAGCGAGCACUCCCAUCCUGUCCUCGCUAGGUCUACUCCAUCGGGUAGAGAGGUGCUUGAUGGUGGGACGGCAAGGGCUCAAGUGUUGUUCUUAUCUGCGCGCAUAGCUAAUUAUCUACGAGGGAAAAAGAGAAAGCCAAUCAAAUCAAAAGCAAACAGGUAAAGUGUGGCCCUCUCAAACCAAAAACAAAAACUAGUUAACCGCUGCUGGCAUUAUUCGCGACAUCCAUAGUUAACCGCUGCGGUGCGCUCGCUAAUCCAUGCAUCGAGGCGGGUGGAGAUUAACUCCCAACGCCCGCUCUCCCAAUGCUCCACCGGGCGAGAUUCAUGCUAGGCCAUGGCCAAGGUGCGCGGCAUGUUCAGCCAGUGCAUGCACUGGAGAUCAUGCCCGCAAACCAGGGCCAUGCUGCCCGUUCUCUACACCUCUCUAUCUUUCCCCGGGGCUGGCUUUCAGAUACCCGCCCAUGCGAGUAUCUAAGAGCCAGUCGCCUCAGGAAGAUAUACCCUGAGCUUCUGCAUCUGCUUCGCGCAGUGAGCAUGCCCUCUGUGGAGGGGCGAUUGCGUGGAGCAGAAGCUCAAGGCAGCGACGCACUGGGCUCACGCGGGGCCGGUAUCGCAAGGGACCACGCAACACGUUUCCGCGGGGAAACAUGCCGCGACGGGGACCUUCGGACGCGACGCAGGGCAUUUUCUGAGGUAGAGAGCGUCGCUGGGGACCACGCGGCACGCUUCGGGCGAAGCGUGUCGCGACGGGGACCUACGGAGAGACACGACACGAAGCUCAUAGUUUCGCCGUCGCGUCGGCAGGGACCGUAUAUACGCUUCGCUUGAAGCAUGCCCCAAUGGGGACCCAGGAGGUAGCACCAAGCUCCUGUGGAGAGGGUGCCUGGGUCACACAGCAGGCUUCGUGGAAGCGUGGCGCGACGGGGGGACCACAGAGCGGACACCAAACCCUUGCAGGGUUAGUGUCGACAGGGACAGGGACCGCGCAGCACGCUUCGUAAGAAGCGCGCCCCGAGGGGGACCUGCGGAGACCAACACACCACGCCGAGCCGUGGUGGAGUUGAUGUCGACGGGGACCACGAACACGCUUCGCAAAAGCGCGUCGCGAUGGGGACUUACGGAGACACGCGACGCCAAGCCUGCAGCGAGUUUGCAACACGCGUCGGCGGGGACCACGUGGCACGCUUCGCUUGAAGCGUGCCGUGAUGGGGACCUACGGUCUCGUCUGGAGGCGGCGCGAGGGCCACGCGGCGUGCUUCUGCUUCGUAGAAGCCCGCCGCGAUGGAGACCUCUCGGGCCGACACCAACCAUGCCUUGCGAAGUUGGUGCCGGAGGGGACCACACAGCAUGCUUCGCAAGAAGCGCGCCGCGAUGGAGACCUGCGGAGACGACACCAAACUCCCGCGGAGCUGGUGUUGACGGGGACCACACAGCACACUUCGCCUGAAGCGUGCCAUGGUCGGGACCUACGAGGCAGCACAAAGCGCCCCUGCAGGUGGAGGUGCCACAGCGCCGAGCAGCAUGCUUCGAAGAAGCGCGCCGCAGUGUAGACCUGCGGAGCCGACACCAAGCCCCUGCGGACUUGGUGGCAACGGGAACCACGCCGCACGCUUCGUUCAAAGCGUGUCGGGCGCGGGACCUGUGGAGACGACACCAGGGAGCUCCUACUGCGGAGCUGGUGUCGACGGGGACCACGCAGCGCACCUAGCCAGAUGCGUGCCGUGAUAGGGACCGGCGCAGCGUGCUUCUCUCGAAGCGUGCCGUCACGGACACGCGAGCACACGGCGCCAGGCCUCUGUCCGAGGCGCUGGCGCUGUGCGGCAGGGGGCGCACGCGCUGCCAUGUCGUGCAGAUCUGCGCACAGCAGCAGCACUACCUUGGCUUGCGUGUCGCGCGCCCUCACUUGCUGCUCGCGCAAGUGGGACUCAUUGAUUUGUUGAGCGCGGCUUGCGGCCACGCCCCAACUGGGGCGCGGGUCGCGUGGCGGAGUGCGGUAACGCGCGUCGUCAUUGGAGUGCACCUGCUUGCCAGCACAUCCAACAAAGACCUCCCGGGCGUGCAGCUCGGCUUGCGCCGCAGCACAGCCCGGGAAAGCGUUUCCGAAAACUCUCGUGCGCGCCUUCACUGGAGUGCACCUGCGUGCCAGCGCCUCCAGAUCCGACCUCCCGGGCGUGCACCUCGGCUUUCGCCGCAGCACCACCCGGGAGUGCGUGGCAGAGUAUGGCCGGCGCGUCUUCACUGGAGUGCACCUGCGUGCCAGCACCUCCAGCUUAGACCUCCAAGGCGUGCACCUCAGCUCUCGCUGCAGCACCACCCCGGAGUGCGUCGCAUACAUCUGCCGCCUCGCGCGCCUUCACUGGAGUGCACCUGCUUGCCAGCACCUCCAGAUCCGACCUCCCGGGCGUGCACCUCGGCUUUUGCCGCAGCACCGCCCGGGAGUGCGUGGCAGAGUGCGAUCUGCUCGUCUUCGCUGGAGUGCACCUGCGUGCCAGCGCCUCCAGCUUAGACCUCUAGGGCGUGCGCCUCAGCUUUCGCCGCAGCACCACCCCGGAGCGCGUCCCGCACAUCUGCCAUGGCUACUCUCUUUUAUUUUUUUUUUUGGUGAUAAACGGCGCAGGGCCGCCGCGGGUGUGUACUUAUUCCAAAGCCAGACCGUGCAACACCACACGCAGAGGGGAAACGACAACACGCGCCCGGCGCGCGCCGUUGCCCCUACAGCGGUGUCGCUCCCGUUAGCUGGCAGCGCUUAACCUCAUUUCGCUAUUGAUCGAUAUGUUGGACGCGAAAUACCAAAUAAAAUAGUUCGCAUGCGUGACGCUCUUGCAUUCCCCCCUAAAUUCUCAAAACUUGACUUUUAUUGUUUGCGUUUUCCUGGCUGUUUAAUGUAUGCCCGGGCAGCAGGAGUCUUGUGAGCCUGUGAGCCAAGGCUGAAUUGUUUCAUUUAAUAUUGCCCCCGCCCUCGCCUCGUUAUGGUGCCCAGGGCUUCGGGAUGUAGAUAGUUGCCAAGCCCUCGGGGUCUGUGAUUUUUGUCCCUCCCGCCGCAUUGCGUGUGUGUUUUUGGUUGAGAUUUGUAUUUUGCACCAGGCGGCUGCGCGGAUCGAUCUCGAUAGAGUCUCGCGCCUAUAAACGGACAGAGACCCUUGCCAUCCUUCUAGCCCUAGAGGCGUAGGCUAGGCCUGCCAUCGAGCCGCUCCCGUAGGCUCAGCCAGAGGCCCCCGGGGCGGCGUCUGGCGUUAUUGGCUGGCUAUCGGAUUCGGGAUUUUCGAAAAUCCCAGAGCUGUGGCGGCUUGGUUUUGGGCCAGGCAUGUGCCCCUUGCCCGGGCCCCUCCAGCCGGGGCCCGUGUGUCUCUUUAUAGGCGCCCCGCCGGUGUUUCUCUUGGUGCCGCCGUUUUUUUGUUCCCCGGGUUUUGUGCAGCGCCGGCCCUCCGGGAGGCGUCCGGCGGAGCCUAGGGCGAGAGGUUUCCGGGAUGGGCUUCGCGCUGCGAUUUUUCGAAGCGUGGCGAGCGUGUCUUCUUUGGUAUUUCGCAGCCCCCCGGGCCGGGUCCCGCAAGGAGCGGGCGCGCGCCCUCUGCCGUGGUGGUUCUGUUUGGUUUGGGUUGCGUUGCGCCCGUGAUUUGCGACGUCAUCCGGCCAGGCGCAGGCGGCUCGAGUUGUUCCGGCCGUUUCCUCGUUUUGGGAACCCGGCCACCAGUUCGAUCGGAUGAACCCAUCCCGUCGAAGCAUUCGGAUGGGCCCAAAAUUUUCGGGAUUCCACCGCGCCCGGCAGGGGGGAGCGUCUUCGAUUCGGCGGGGGGGGGUUCUGUUUUCCCGUGGAAAACAUCGGAAAAGGGCCCCCGGCGGGCCAAUGGAAGGGCUGCAAUAAAAGUCGGGAGGGCGGCAAAAGAGUCGCAGGCCCGAUCUGAAUAGAAGGCCAAGAAAAGGAGUUCCAUCAGUAGACCCCUAAAUAGAAGGCGGAGGAGCAGCCGGAAAAGAAGCCCCAAGAAAAGGACUUCCCGGGAUCUGCUUCGUUUUUCCCUGUGCCGUGUUUCGCUGGCGUUUUUUUUUUUUUGUUUUUUGGGUUUCGUUUUUUGAAAUUUGGCCGGGAAAUUUUGUCGGGGGGGGGCGCCCCGGUGUCUCGCCCUCCCCUUCGGCGAGCAGCCGCCCGCAGAUAGAAGGCGUCGGGACAUUGAGCCGCGCCGCCCGCGGCCUUCCCAGUUCGCCGCCCCGGCCCUUCUUCAGGUUUUGGCAAGAGAUUCGGAAUGUGCAAAACCCCCGCCCGCCAGCCUUUCCGUUGGCUCUCCGUUUGCCCGGGAGGUCAGCCGUGUUCUUCGAUCUGUGUCAAGUGGGGCCGGCCUCUUUUCCUUGGAUUCCGUGUCUUUGCAAAUCCCGACGCCGAUUGUCAAUCGAUAACCUACGCCACCGCCCCGGGGCCUCUGGGUGGCCGCGCCUCCGACGGCCAGCCCGCGCGGUUUGAUGCCAUGAGGGGGCAGCUGCGCCGUGUGAACCCAAAAGGCCUGGCGCGGCCCCCAGUUCCGGUUGUUACCGGUCGCGGUGCCGCCGUGAAUUGUUUGGGGCAGGCGCUGCCAUGUGUGGCGAACGAAAGCCAAAACGCUCGCAAAGCUGCACAGCCGAACGCGGGCGCUUUGCCGUGGCAGCUCCGACAUGGAGGGCCCUGCCGUAUGCCUUGCCCCGCCCUUUUACAGAACGCCCACCGGGGCCCCCGCACCCAAUGGCGCCGAAGGCGCUAAGGUGGCCGGCCCAUGUCCUUCGCCCUGUGUUCGGACCCCCACCUUUCCGAAAGGCCGCAGGAGUUCUUCUGGUUGCCGCUUUCGCGCGCGCGGGCGCCCCGCCCGCCCCGUGCCUCCUGGAAGCCCGUGCACCGAUGUGAACGGAAUUCGGCCCGGCCGCCGGUCCGGUCCCGUGCGUCCGAGGCUGACCGGCCCUGAACAGUUUGCCCGAGCCCGCCGUGGCGCCCCGGCGGGCCCCUACUUGGUUCUGGGGUAAGACUGCUGCCACGCGACAGGGCGCUCGGGUUUGACUUUGGCCGCGGGUUUUGACGUUGUCUGGGCGCUCGCUGUGUUGCUGGCCCUUCAGAUGAAUUUCGCCUGGGGGUGUUCUGAUUCGCCGGCCGGGCGGCCUUUGGCUGCACUUUGCCCGAUCCAACCGCAGGCAUAUUCGCCGCCGCCCGAUUUUCUUUGGAUACCCACCAGGCGGCUGCGCGCCUGCAGGCAUCCAUGCUGCCAAUUGGGCGACUGCCUGGUGGACUGGCAGACGCCGAAAGCUGCGGCAUCUUGCCCGGCAGACUGCCGGAGAUGUUGACCAAGCAAAUCGGUCCCACGGCGGGGCAUAUCGCUGGACUGCAGCCCAGCAGAAGAUCGCCUCUGUCGCGCUGCGUGCCGAGUGCCUUGCGCGCGAAGUUUUUUUUUCUGAUUGCGGGGUGUGUAGGGCACAUUGAAGCACAGUAUUGGGACCCGAGCGAAUCGGUUGCCUGGCGGGUCGCUGGGGAGAGUGCGAGCCUAACCGGGGCCGGCAGGGCUGUGUUGCAGCUCAGAGCCCCCGUGCGCACAUUAUCGUGCGCACUGCCGUGCUCGGCCCCCGCCGCCCCGCAGGGUGGCGCGCACCGCUUCGAUCCAUUUCAUUUGAAAGGAGAGCGCUGUCGCUGUUCGUGUUGUGUGGCAGUGCAUGCGCUGCGAUAACCGACCACAGGCUACUCACUCAAACAGGGCUCCGGGCCGGAUUGGAGGAAGCGAGGACGCGAAGGGCGGCCGUGCAGCGAAGUCAGAGAGGUAUUGGUCUUUGUUCGGUGUUGCUGUUUGUGUUUUCUUUCGGACGCGAGUGAUAGAGAAAAGCGCGCAGCGCCGGCGCUGCCUUGUUUGUGAUUGAAAGCCAGGGCCUACCCGGGAAAAUUGGGAAAACAGGCUGCCCCGGGGUAUUAAAAAUCUGAGGAAUUUGAUUGCAACAGCAGGCCCCGCUAGGCGUUUGGCACAAUCCUGCGGAAGGAUUUCUGUGUAAUUUGCGCCCAUGCCGGUGUAGCACGGCGCCGGAAGGCCGCCGGGGGGCGGAGGCCGCAUGCACACGCCCUGCGAGCUACUGAAAGGAAGGCGCCAACCCGGCUCCGCGAUCGCCCUCGCCCCCCUUUCUUAGCCGCGCCAGCGGGCCGUGCGCUGGCCGCCGCCGCAUGCGGGGGCCCGCGGGGCGGCUUUUGUGCCGAUGCCUGCUCCAAAAAUGCCGCCGCCCCAACGGCGCCGCGCCCUGGAAAAUGAGAAAGCCAGGAGGUACGCCCGGAGCGCCGCGCGCCCCCGCCCCCCACAUAGACACAGGUAGCCACUACGUUGCCGCGCACCGGUAAGCCGGCCUUGCAUAGAAAAACAAAAAAGCCCGAAAGACAUCGGCGCCUGGACCAUAUCGCCAGGCGCGCCGGGGCAUUAGGAUUCACUCAGGAGGCGCUCGCAGCGCCCGAAGAAAAAAGUGGCGCAUUCAGUGUGGGCGGCGAAUUGCAGUCAGAACGGCGCCGCCCACACGGAGAGCCGCUAGGCCGCGCAUGGCGCACACAGAAUGCACCGUGGGGCGCGCGGCAACGUGGCUGCGUGAUUCCAUCGCCCAAACAGGGUCCCGCAGUGCGAGCGAACUCCGCGCGCCUUUAAGGUGGUUUGCUAGCUGCUGCGGGGGGCCGAUUAUCCACGCAGGCAAAUGCGAUGGCGCGCGCAAGGCAUUUGCAAACACCCUCCCGGCGCCUGUUGCGAAGGGGCGCGCGGCUCGACACCACCGCCAGCGCAGGAUGAAGCAAGCCAGGACAGAAAGGGCGAAGGCGCUGCUUGCGGGCAAUUCUUUUCCGGGCUUCGCGCCGCGCCGCGGUGUCGUACCUAACUAAGCCUGCUCGCGCCCUUGAAUAAAAGAACGCGGCCGCGCGCACAGUGUGAAGCAUUUCGCGCUUCGGGUGGCGGAUUGUGGAGGGGAUCCCCCCCCGCGCACGGCAGCGCGCGGGGGGGCCGCGUGCUUCUAUCGCUUUCGCGGACCGGGGCGCAAACAACUACGAAAGAGCGCGCAGCGCGCGACUAGAAUUAGCUGGCUGAACUUCGCCAGGCGAAAUCCCAAAAAGGCCCGGCCGCCCGCCCGGGGAAAAUGAAUCAAUGGGAGCGCGGUUUUCAUAACGCCAGAGGACUUCGCCGUGGCACUUAGUUUGCGGCCCGUGAGCACAGGCGCCACCGCCCUAGUGGCCGCCCGGAGCAGCGCGCGCGGUUUUUGUUCGGUCGCCGGGGCUUGUCCGCCUGCGUAGGCUCGCGCAGGGGAAUGCGGCGCAGGGCGCGCAGCGCUUGCGCAUGCGCAUCGUGCGGCAGGUAUGGGCCCGCCAGCGCCAUUCACCUGGCAUUGAAAAGCUUCCUUCCGGCGGCGUGCGCGCAUGGGCUGGCCAGGGAGGGCCAUGGUGGAGAUGCGUCGAAGGGCCCGCCGGCCGUUGUGUCGCGGGCGUUGUUCUAUUGGGCGGGCUCGUAGGCCAGGGCACCCGGCGCGGAACUUUGAACCCCACGCCCAGGCUCCCGGCCCAAACGGGGCCCGCGCUCUCGGACCGGAGCCAGCUUGGCCGGGCGGCGGCGGUUCGGUAUGGCGAGCCCCUUUUGAAGAAAUAAUGGAAACCCCGCGCCGCAAGUGUGGCGAAGUAAGUCUUGCAGUCAAUUUGCGGCCGCAAGCUUCUCGGCGCGCCGGCGCCUGAAUUGCAGCCAGCACUGCGCACGUUUGCCGGCCAGCAUUCGAUGGCAGCCCGGGAAGUGUGGGGCAUCGGCCCCUUUGGCGGUUAUCGCAAGGCGGGAAGAGGGCCGGCACGCAGCACGGCGCGGCGGCUGUUUUUGCAGUUGCCAGCAGCAGCCGCGGCGCCUGUUUAGAUUCCAGAGGAGUUGCAUCGUGGGAAGGCCAUGGCGGUGCUCUAGAAGUGCCCUCGCGGCCUGUCGCCUGGACGCCGCUGCGCCCUGUUUCGCUGCGCUGCCUAACUUCUUAGAAAAGUGGGCGCAUCGGUUUCGUCAACAUGGAUGUGAGGGAACGAAACUCCACAGAGCGUCAGGCGCGGCGCGAACAAUUCGGCGCACUCAUGGACGAAAGGCAGGCGAGGACCCGGGACAGGGCAGCGCCAUUGCGGGAGCGAUUUAAUCCGGAAAUCCGCGCGCCGCCAUAA